UCAUUCAUAAUUUCAUCAUUUCGCGAUUGGUGAAGCAAAACGCGAUUUUCCACACACACUGUAGUAAAUGCGAGAUGCGUAAAGAAAUUUAAUUAAAUAUAAAUUACACUGAUUAACGACCGAGCCGUCAGUGUUGGUGAUUGCGUGCGUUAUAUACAAAAUGUCUUCAUUCGUGAAUCACCGAGAGGAUAGCACAGUGACCGUGGAGGAAACUUCAACGAAAGACAAUGUUACAUAUUACAAAAUAACUGUUAAAGUGGGUUCAGUGCGUUGGACCGUGUUGCAUCGGUAUAAUGACUUUGUAGAGCUACAUGAGAAGUUAGUCUCGGACCAUGGGGUGGCUAAAGAGCUGCUCCCGCCGAAGAAAGUUAUUCGUAACAAAACACCGAAAUUUGUUGAGCAAAGACGCGAAGCUCUUAGUGAAUACUUGAAAAAUGUAUUUAAUUAUUUAAAACUGACGAUGCCGUCCGAGUUCGCUCACUUCCUAGACUUCCAUUUGUAUGAUAUAUUCUUUUUGCUACAAGAUUUAGCAAAGACAUUGUUUUUAGAAGGCGAUAAAUUGUUGGAGUGUGAGAAAUCACAUAAUUUUACUCCUUUAGAGUUGCAUGCAAUAAGUGAGAGGUUAAAAAUAGCUUGUCCUAUGACUGAAAAACAAGAUCAGAUGUAUGAUUUCAGCCACAUUUUGGAUUUCUGCUCACAAUUAAGAGCUUUAAAUAUAGAGGGCAGUUAUGAGAAGCUUGGUACAAGUAAUAUUGUGCCAAAUGACCUUCGAUUUGAUCUAAUCCCAUUUAAAUCAUUACUGGAUUUGAAAAUUCUGGGAGUGCCUAUGGCUUGUAUACAGAGUGUUGGUGGCCUCCGAGACACGCUUGUUAGUUUAUCAGUGUCAACAGCCAGUGUAGUCUCCCUAAACGAGUUCCUGCUCGUUGAUAUCCUACAUAAAGACCCCUCCAGCAUAGCGGACACUGUUAAAUGGAAGAAAUUAUCCGUAAUCAACUUCGCGAGCAACAACAUCGACAACGUGGACUGGGCCAUCAAAUUGGUCCCGAGGUUACAACACCUAAGCCUCAGCUCAAACAAACUGAAAGAACUAUGUGAUAUCUCCUGCCUUCACGACCUACGAGUCCUUAAUCUAUCUAUGAACAGCUUCUCAGUAUGUGAGAAUUGGCACGCGAAAAUAGGUAACAUAGUCAGAAUAGACCUAUCACAAAAUAGGGUAGAAAGCCUACAAGGAUUUUCGCGCCUCUAUUCCCUAGAAAGCCUUGAUUUAAGCUGCAAUGUCAUAACGGACGUUGAAGAAGUCCAACAUAUAUGUAAGCUGCCAUGUUUAGAGUAUCUGUGGUUAACCGCCAACCCAGUGGCGUCAUCUAUUGACUACAGGGUGAAAGUUCUCGAGCAAUUCAAUGCACGUAUGACAGAACUCUGUUUGGACAAUGAAAAGGCGUCGGAAAAGGAAUUGGAUACGGCGAGAGUGUUGCAAGCCUUAAGAGUCGUGAAAGAAGGUAAGACGCCAAGCUUUUUACAGAAUAACAACACUAGCCAUAGCUUUAAUAAAAGUUGACAAGAAAAUUUAAGUUAGAUCGAUUGAAUUUAGAUGUUUUUUGAUAAAUUAUUCGAUUUAGUUUUUAUUUUCGCUAUUGAAAAAAUGUAUAAAAGAUCUUUAUUUUUAGUUGAAUCUAUAAAUUAUUUUGUUAUUAUAUUUAGAUUUUAAUUGCUCUAUUUAGUUGACGUAUUUUAAGUGAAAUCGUGUGCUUAUUAUUUGUUACAUUUGACGAAGGACCCCUAAGUUCAACUUGUGAUAAUAAUUUAAUUAUUAUUGUAAUACUUCUCUUGUUUCUUGCUAUUUUUCUUACGAUUCUAUAUACUAUUCCUUAUUUGUUAUAUCUAAGAAUGUUUUCCGAUUUGGUACACCUAUAAAAAUCUGCAUAGAAAUAGACUUUUCUGUGCAUUCCUUCGAUUGAUGUUUUAAAUCUUUUAAUUUAUUUAUAAGGAUUGGUUAGGCAAAAACAAGAAGGCCUAGUCUCUCCUAACAUACAGCCUAAUGGUGCUUUUCCACCAGAGACGUGCUAUGUAUCUAUUAUGCUACGAAGAUGUAAUAGAUAACGUGUGAAACAAUGUGACCGUUUCCAAUAAUACUACGCUAUGUAGCUGUGCGAUGAAGAUGCGCAGCUCGCAGUACGCGAUGUAUCGAUAGUAAGGAAGCCAUCCAUAGCACACAUUCAUAGCACCCAUCUUUCCACAUUAAAAACAUAGCUUAGGUGAGUUUCCACCAGCGCUAAGCUAUGUGUACCAAUGAAUAUGAUUGGUCGAAGCUAAACGCCUCCACAGCAACGUAGCAUAGCACAUCUCUGAUGAAAAAACACCCGAAAGUACGCGUGACGUACCUAUAAAAUACCAUUUUAGAAUGCAGUCUUUUUGCAUAUUUUCAAAUACUUUUGAUAAAACUUGUAUAAUAAUAUUGUCUCGUUUACAAAUGUGAUAUUCGAUAAUCGUGUAACUGAUAUAUUUAAUGAUUAUAAUGGAAAUGACCAACUAUGUCUAGAUUUGUAGGUUAAGGAUCAGUACAGAUCAAGGAAUUAUAACUCAUUUGCAUUCGAUAGUAAACUUUAUUGUGUAUAGGUAUGUAAGAUGCAAUUUUGCACUUUAGAGUAAUGCACUCAGAGAUAAAAAUUAGACAAAGGGACUUUUUUUGUUAUAGAAAUAAAAGUGUAUAAGUGUGACCCCUCUGGGAUUAUUUUGACCCAAACUAAUAUUAACCCUAAAACAAAGCGUCUGUACGUUUGUCAUUGGUUUAUAGUUCAGAAGUCAGUAGCACACUCUGAUAAAUCUUGACUUAAAUGGUUAAGGUUACCCGGAGCCGCGGACUGCCUAGCGGGUUACCGCCUAUGGUUCAGCAAUGAACUAUCAUGGAUUGAAGAUUAUGAUAAUUUCAUAAGAUUGGUACACAAUGAGGCUUCGGAAUCAAAAUAACCUGAAGUUACGAUAAAUUAUCAAAGUCAACAUUAUUUAUUUCAAAUAUACUGGGAAAGCACUCUUCAACGUCAAAGCAAAUAUUACAAUAUAAAAAAAAAAUAUUUGAUCUAUACUGAUCCAUAACCAUUUUAAAAAAUUGAUUAUUGUGUAAAUAAUUGUCUUAAAAAUGCUUUCUAGUUCUAGUGCGCAUUCCUAAAUGCAUUUUGACUAGCAAAUAUAAGAUUAAUGGAGUUUAGAAAAGUGUCCUUUUACAUUUAUCUACAAGAGUUUAUGAACGAUAAUAAAUAAAAUAAUGUGUGUAAUAUUUACAUUAUAAAAUGUUCCCUUUUUAAUUUGUAUGUAUCUAUUCUGUAGAAAAAAAUCUAGACAAUAAAGAUAUUUAAUCGUGACUCACUAAAAGAGUUGACAUAAAUAUCCAAGAAAAUAUUUAAAAACAUUAAAAAAUAAUGCUCCAAUUAUCCUGUCACAAAUAUUUAUCUUACUUGUUCAUCGUAUCACACGUGCACGGCUGGAUCGAUAUCAAUACAUCAACAUAUUAUUUUCAUUACGACUUUAUAGCCAGUUUUUUUUUUUUUUUUGAAAAAUUCGUUGAGAAUGUCUUCUCGAUAACUUUUCUAAUUACUAUGUGGCUCGUGCCACCUCUUUUAUAUCGUAAAAAAACGUUGCCCCACACUAUAAUUUCUCCUGUAUCGUGGGUGCGUUUACAAACAUACUAGUUUACAUACACUCUAUGUACUACUUCGAGGAUUAAAAUUCUCAACGUUAUGUGUCUUAAGUUUUAUUAUAAUCAUGCCUCAAGUUGGCAGUUUGACACGAAUAGAUACUGUGACCAUACUAAAUAUCAUCUAAUGAGGUUACAAGUGCACAGAUAUAUAACUUAUGUAUAUUUUGUUAUUAUUAUUACUUCUAUAUAAUUGUUACUUUGUUCGCUAUUGAAUAUACUAGGACACGGGAAUAUAAUUACCAAUUGUAAUAUAACUUUUUCAGUGAGUUUUGUGAUGUUUUUGGGAAUAUUCUGAGCCUGGGAAUUAUCGGCUAACACAAGUAACUGUUUGACAAGGAAAUCGACUAGUUUCAAGUCAUGCUAGAGGCUCAUAUUCAUGAGCUGUUCAGUAGCAGCGCGAUAGUCACCGCCACCGCGUCGUGUGUCGCGGAAUGAUGCUUAUGAAUAUGAAGCCUCUAGCAUGGCUAAUCUAUAUACCUAGAUAUGUUGUUUCUAACUACGGAGUUAUUAUAAAAUAAUAAUGAAUAUAUUGAAAAAAAAAAUAGUAUUUUAUAAUUAUAAUAAUGAUCGAUACUCCAGCUGUGGGUAAAUAAUGAUUGAUUUUUGUGCCUAAUAUGUAUAGCUAAGAAAGGGCAUUAAUGCAUUAGACCUAACUGGUAAACGAUAGAAAACAAUCAAAUGUGGUAUUUAUUACUAUAGAAAUAAAGUCGAUAAUAACAGCAUUCUGAUUAAAAUUUGUACUUUCAUAAAUUCUUCCUUCGGGACCAUUUCUUUUUUAUUUUCAUGUACACUUUGUAAAUAUGCCUUUUCAUAAUGAUGUAGUAAUACAAUAUGGCUGCGUUACUAUGUGCCUCUCUGUCUAACAUAGAAUGUGUGAACGAGAGGUAGAUAGGUAGCACUAGAAAAACUAAGAUUUUUUGUUGUAUACUUAUAACUUUUAUGAUUUAAAAUUGUUUAACACUGACUUUACAUGUUGGCUUGUUGGUAACAACGCAGAUAUAGCAUUGGUUUCAAUGUUGGGCCAACCAUCUUAUAGGUACUCUAGGUAUUGGAUUUUCGACUUUACAUCAAAGGAAUAUAGUUUAAAAUCUAAUAAAGAAAUAAGCCGCCAACAUUUGACCCAAUGUGUGGAGCCAGUGUAACGCUAAAAGCACUUGUUUACUAUUAGUAUUAACUCAAGUAUUAAGUAUGUGAUCGAAAUAUUUGUAUAUAAUGUUUAUUUUAAUGGUGACGAUUUAUUUAUAAUUAUUAUUCAAUAUAAGUUAUAUGGUUUAACCGA